AGGAAGGGAAGGGCCGAGCAUGUCAAGGUGGGAGAGACUUCUCGAGAUCGCCUCCCGUUCGCCCCUCCUGGUUGCAGCAGGAGCUGCCACCACUGUUCUCCUGUCUCGAUCGCUCCUUCGCGCGUUGACGGCAGGCGGGAGGAGGGGCAAGACCCUUGUGAUCAAGGUUCCAGCUACCACCGCCAACCUCUCAUGCGGCUUCGAUGCCUUCGGCGCAGCUCUUGGGAUGCACAUGUUGCUAGAGGCAACGGCAGCGCCGGAGCAGGCGGGGACAUGUUUCAGCUACGAGGGGGAGGGAGCGAACGAAGUGGCUCUGGACGAGUCUAACAUUAUCUGGAGGAGUGCGGUUGCGUGCGCCGCCAUGUACGCCCCCGGCAGGCAGAUGCCAAAGCUGCGCGUGCAGGUGAAGAACCCAGUGCCCUUCGGUCGAGGGCUGGGGAGCAGCGCUACAGCCAUCAUAGCUGGAGUCGUGCUUGCAAAGGAGUUUCUGGGGCUGAACCUGACGCAAGAGCAGCUGCUGAACGCUGCGCUGACGAUUGAGACGCAUCCUGACAACCUCUCAGCUGCGCUGUGGGGAGGGAUGACGGUGAGCUGCGUCAACGAGAAGGGGGAGAGCUUCGUGCGGAGCUUCGGGAUCUCAAAGAAGCUCAAGGCGGUUGUUGUUGUACCUGACUUCCAGCUUGCCACGUCGAAAGCCCGCGAGGUGCUACCGGCCAGCUACAAGCUUCAGGAUGUCGUCUUUAACAUCCAGCGCGCUGGGCUCCUCCCCCUUGCUCUGCAGGAUGAGACGCCCGACGUGAAGAUGAUCAGAGAGUGCAUGAGGGACCGGGUCCACCAGAACCAGCGAGCCCCGUUGGUUCCAGGGCUGGAGGACUGCCUCAAACUGCCUUCCACCUCAGGAAGCUCAUCCCUGAUCAGCACUGCGUUGAGUGGAGCGGGGCCGACUAUCAUCGCCUUUUGCCAGGGAGAGUUUGACGACAUCGGGAGGAAGAUGCAGGAGACGCUGCGAAGCAAGGGCAUCUCCUCGAGAUACUUUGUCCUGCCCUUCUCAUGCCAAGGAACCCAAGUGCAGUGGAUCUGAAGCACAGGCUCCCUUGUAUUUCUUCCAUCCUGUUGAUAAACCUAAUUGUGUCUCGGCCU